AUGAUAUUUGGUGUCGACAAUCUCACAAUCUCCGGCAAAGGAGUCUUUGACGGUGUCGGAACAACGUCCUGGGGUUUAAACAAAGAACGUUGUUGGAAUGCCUCACAAUGCAAUCAAUUUCCAAACAAUUUCGGCCUCUAUUCCCUUCGGCAUGCAAAUAUUAGGGACAUAACUUCGAAAGAUUCCAAAUCAUUUCACUUCAUUUUGAUUGAUAGCAUGAAUGUGACAUUUCAACAUUUAACAAUUAUUGCACCUGAAAAUAGUCCUAAUACCGAUGGCAUCCACAUUGGACAUACAAACCAAACAACCAUUAUGGAUACAACCUUUAAAACCGGCGAUGAUUGUGUCUCUAUUGGAGAUGGUUGUUGGGGAGUUAACAUCACGAGGAUCACUUGUGGACCUGGACAUGGGAUCAGUGUUGGAAGUCUGGGGAAAUAUACCUCUGAGAGACCUGUUGUCGGAGUCUAUGUGACUGACAGUAAUAUUUCUAACACGAUGAAUGGUGUCAGAAUCAAAACAUGGGCUUUCUCCCAACCAGGUGAAGCAUCUGAUCUACAUUUCGAAAACAUCCGAAUGAAAAAUGUUGGUAACCCUAUCCUCAUUGACCAACUCUAUGUCCAACUGCUCGAUGCCAAAUGA